AUGAUCAAGUCCGUCAGUCAGUAUAUUCACAACGAAAGUCCAGGGGAUGGCACAGUGGCAGAAGAGUCUGCUACCAGCGAACAACAGCCAGCGCAGAAAAUCUCCAAACCGUCAUCACCAAAGUCUGUACCUCCCGACAGAUUCGGCAUUCAGUCAUCUGCCGACAGUUUUAGAGACCGUCUUGAAUCAGGUGGCAAAAAGACAAAAAAGGAAAAGCGACCAUCCAUAUAUUCUUAUAUCAGCCAGAGAUUGAGCUUCAGAAACGUCGCAUCAAACAAGCGGCAUUCGCUUCCUGUCGAAAUAGAGAAUUCGCCGACCGACGAGACGUACCAUCCGUCAUCUGCGGUCAUCGCCGUGUCCACCGCCAGCUCGUUCAGCGACAGCAAACAACGGCCAGUGAAGAAGAGUACUGUUGCCGGUCGCAAUGACCGUACUCUUCGCCGCAGCAUUUCCAACGCGCCUCGUUCGGACAGCGAAUCGAGUAUCGCCAGUGCCGAAAGUAUGUACAACCACUCAAUGCUUGUCGUCGAAAUAACGGAAAACAACGUCAAGAAGUAUUACGUGGUCCCUCCGGGAAUGGAAAAGAUCUCAAAAGUCAAGAAGCUUCUGAAGAAGGGCAAAAAACUUCACAUAUUCAAUGAACAUACGUUCGUUUCAACAAAGAUUCCGGGGUGA